AUGAGUGGGUUUGUGGAUGCCGGGAAAAGUAGAUUGGAACGUUUCGUGACGCGUUUUUUGCGCAAAGGGAGACCUAAGGUUGGCCUCAUUGACAGUCUCAAAGCUGUUGCUCUCUCGUCCUGGGUCAAUAUAUUUAUUCUCAUACUGCCCAUUGCAUGGGCAGCACAUUUUAGCAAUGUCAACAAUGGGCAAAAUGUAUUCACAUUCCCCUCGACUUUUUCACUAUGCUUGCUUGGAAUUAUUCCUUUGGAAAAGCUAUUCGAUUACGGCGGGGAGCAAAUGGCAUUCUAUCUGGGUAGAGAUAUUGGUGAUCUCGUUGUAGUCACAUUGAACAAUGCCGUAGAAGCCACUUUGGCUAUCAUUUUGCUCAGAAGAUGCGAAUUAAAGCUUUUACAAUCCACUAUCAUAGGCGUGGUCAUUCUUCAUCUUCUGCUAAUUCCCGGAACGUCUUUCAUCGUUGGUGGUGCCCGCGUCUUGCAUCAGGAUUUGCAUCCUCACCUAACACAAGUUAAUCAUUCGCUACUUGUUAUGGGAGUACUCUCCUUGCUCCUCCCUGCCGCCGUUUUCACCGCUUUGGAUCGUGGAGCGGAGGCGUUAGCCGAUAAUCCUUCGUAUAUUGUCAACGAUACCACUCGUGAUACUUUCUUAGUGGUCAGUCGUGGUCUCGCCGUUAUCCUGCUCGCAGUGUACGUGGCUUCUCGUGUGUAUCUGCACGAUCCUCCUGGCGAACACGACACUCUCGCUGAACAUCCCGAUGCUCCCCUUGCAUUGCUCGACGAGGAGGAACACUUAAUACAUGGUGAGCCUGAAGUCAAUCAAUGGGUCUGUCUUGGUAUGCUUGCUGUAACCAUCGCGCUCAUGGCGGCUACCGCUGAAUGGUUGGUGGACAGCAUCGAAUUUGUACGCGAGGAUAGGGGUAUUCGAGAAGAGUGGUUUGGUCUAGUAUUAUUGCCAAUCGUAUCAUUCGCGGCCGAUGGAUUUGUAGCGAUCGCAUAUUUCUUGCGGUACAUUUGCGAACAUCUUCUCGGAAGGAAGACGCCCCCAGCGACUCUGGCCAAAGCUCGUGCAAUUGAUCUUUCCAUACAAUUCAUACUAUUUUGGAUGCCCUUCAUCGUAAUAUUAGGAUGGUGGACAAAUAAACCAAUGUCACUUCUGUUUGAUGUAUUUGAAGUGGCGGUCUUGAUUGGCGCGAUGUUCUUGGUUAAUUAUGUAACAGCGGACGCCAAAACGAAUUGGCUGGAAGGAUUCGCUAUGGUAUCGUUUUACUCAAUGAUUGCGUUGACCACUUGGUUUUACGAUGGCCAAAUAGAAAUCAGCGAAAUGCUGAACGCUGGUGGCUGUUUCAUCGUCGAAUCCUCGGUGGAGUAA